AUGAAAAACAUCUUGAGCGUGCAGGCAGUGGGCUCGGGCAGAGGGAGCUUCAUCUUGGAGAUGGGAGGAAUCAGGAUCCUAGUCAAUCCAAACUUGCAGGGCUCCGACUUGAAGCCCGAAAACGUGCACGAGGAGUUUGACUAUGUCUUCCUCUCGUCAGAAGAACCGGAGUUCUUUCAUCGACCAACAGUCGAUAAGAUGAAGCUUACGAAAGUAAAGUUCGUGACAUCACAGAAGGCAGGGCAAGAGCUGGCUAAGAUGAUGGUGCGCAACUUGGCGGUGCUCCAGAACGGCCCCGGCGGACAGUGCUACCUGCAGAAGAAGGACAAGGCGGCUGCGGCCGUCGGCGUCCUUUCCGCUCCAGGCUCCGGGAGCUUCCCCUGGGAGAAGCAGGAGCAGGGCUUCAUCUUCGUGAACUUAGAAACGGGAGCUGCGGUGGCCUACGAGGCAUUUGGGCAGUUUCUCAGCAAGGGCGCGUCCUCCAACAAGCCCGACAUCCCGGAAGAAGCCUAUCAGGUAGACUUCCUGAUCACCCCCAAUUUGGCUGAAGCUGCCGGGGUGGCAGCAGGCCUUACUCAAAAGGGGGCCAAGCUUCGAGGAGUUUUGCGCCUGCCAGGGGAGGGGCCCAUCCAAGAGGAGGAGUCUCCCAUGGCUGCUUUGGAUAAGGCCUUUGGGGGCAUCGAUGACGAUCCUGAUCAGUUUCGCAAUUUUCUGAAGGAUCAGGGAAAACCACUCGCGGAGACCCGGCUGCUCAUGGCUGAGGCCAACGGAGCGCCGGAGUUGGCGGCGGUGGCAACCCAGUUGCCAGACAUCCGCUGGCUCGGAAGGCAGAUUUUAAUGUGGUGUGGAAAGCCGCAGGAGGACUUGUGGAAUGACUUUGCCGUCCUCCACCAGAACCAGACGACGGAUUUAGAGAUUCCUGGUCAUCGCGGCUACUUCGGAGAGAAAGCUCUUCGAUUCGGUGGCGUGGACAUUAUUCUGCGCACCCUUGCGCUGUUCCAAGCAGAUGAACGCGUGGGCAACCACGGCAUUCUGGACAUUUUUUCCGAGCCAUUGCAUGGAAGGUUUCGAUCCAUUCUGCAUUUCGCUCCGAGAACCGACUUCUUUCUUCGACCCGAAAACUUUCGAAGAUAUAUUCUUCCCAGACUGGACAGAGACAGGACCCUUACACCGCAACAGAUCGCCAACACCAUGCUUGUGAUGGUCGCACCUCCGCAGACGCCCCUGAAACUUCAAGCCUUCAAGUUGGUCACACAGCGCUUUGGAGCCUGUCUUGCAGCAUCAGUGGCUGACAUGGCCAUGUGUCUGUGCUGCACAUCCACUGGCUGGGAGGAGGUCUUCUGCAAUGCAGACAUUCGCGGCGCUGCACGCGUGCUUUGGCACCUUUGUGAGGACACAGCGGCCCCGCCCUUCCCUCCAGCAGCUCGUGGUUCACGCAGCUAUGCGGAGAUGCUGCUCGAGGCGCAGCACCUCCAGCUUGCACGGAUCUUAGACGAUUUCGAGCUGGAGCUGGAAGGCCAGGAUGCACAGGACCCCCUGCUUGACGAAGACUAUUCGUUUACAUCGUUGGUGCAGCGCUGUGUCGCCCGACAUGCCUUCGAAAAUGAGGGACUGCAGCUGCUUUGUGAGGCCGUCGGCCUGAGUUUCACGGGCCUACCCGAAGGAGCGGAAGAGGAAGCUUUGAAGCAAGCAUCCGCAGAAGGGCAACGAGCCAUCACCGCACUCGGCUUGACCUGCACGCACCUCGCAGAGGGAAAGCUGAGCGUUGUGUCAAAAGAUGAGCCGGGCAACGCGUGCUUGAAGGGUUGCGGACGCUUGUCGGCACAUGAUUUGAAUGUCAUGGCACAGACGUUCUGGCCAGAGCUCACCGCCGACGAACUGAGGGACCUGUACCAGACUGUUUGCCGGAAUCGGUCAGGCUACGUCGAGCUCCACGAGUUCUGCGCUGCGUUGGGUUUCGACCCCCGGGCCUCACCCGCUUCGCAGGAAACGGCAAGGUCUUUGUCGCAGCUGGAUGGCGCCUUGCAGGUGGUCUUGGAUCGCAUUCGGAUCUCAAUCCUGGAGGCACCGAGCACUGUUGCAGGAGUUCUGCUUAGAGUGAAGCCGACCGAAGCAAUCCACAGCCUUUCACAUUACGUGAGUGUGUCACAGCGGCCACAAUGGCACAGCGCAAGACAGCUUGAGAAUGUGUCCAUCGCCUUUGCUCGAGAGCCAUGGAGUUCGUCCUGCUGGAUUGUUCGGGUGAAGUCUGUCGCUUUCUGUGGCAUGCAGAGAGCAACGCCGAUGAACGAGCCGUGGCUCUUUUUCGCGCAGUUGGCGCUGCCAAGCCUGGCCUGGAUCUUAUCAGAGCAUCGGUACUACGCUUCAGGUGGCCUGGACCGGCAGUUGUGGGGCCCAGACUGUCAGACAGGAACGUCCGAUGUGGACGGAUCCGUGGUUACUUGGGGCGAUCGGGAGUGGGGAGGAGACUCUUCCAAAGUUCAGCGGCAGUUGGUGAAAGGAGCGGUCCAGGUGUUUGGAACUUACGGCGCUUUUGAUAUGGAUUCCGCAGCCGAGAACGAGGACUUGGAUCAAGAAAAUCCCGUCACCGAGACUAAGCGGGCUUUUGCAGCGACAAAGGCCAGGAGAACUGUGUGCAUGGAGAGUUACAUCUUUUCUCUCGUUAUGCUUUUCCAUCCAGCUGCAACUGCCCUGCUGGCGGCAAGGCCAAUGGCUUUGGCCUCAGCUCUCGAGCAACAAACAGCAUUGGCGGUGGCCGCCGAACGCGCUUUCCUCCUAGGCUCAGUCGUGACAUGGGGAGACGGUGACGUUGGCGGCGAUUCCUCAGCAGUUGCCUCACAACUACGUAAAGGGGUUCGCCACAUUUGCGCUUCCUAUGGCGCUUUCGCAGCAGUCAAGGAAGAUGGAUCUGUGGUGACAUGGGGUCAUCCAGAUUUCGGUGGCCUGUCCUCAGAGGUCUCCGGGCGCAUCAAGGGAGAAGUGGUCCUGGUGCGCGCCACUCGAAGCGCAUUUGCCGCCCUUAAGGCGGAUGGAUCAGUGGUGACUUGGGGCGACCCUUCUACCGGUGGUGACCCUGGCGAGGUCGAAGGACGCCUGCGCUCGGGUGUGAAACAGCUUGUUGCGACCUACGGAGCCUUCGCUGUCGUGACAAGCGACGGCGCCGUUGUCAGCUGGGGAAGCGAGGACUCCGGCGGCAGGCAGCUGGACAGCUCCGGCAAACUCCGCCAAGGAGUGCGUGAUGUGUGCAGUAACUUUGGGGCCUUUGCGGCGAUCAAAGAAGACGGCACUGUUGUGGCAUGGGGCGAGGCAACUUGUGGUGGCGACACCUUCCCAGUUCAUUCUGAUCUCAGAAAUGUCCAGCAAGUCUGUGGGACUUACAGUGCCUUUGCCGCCUUGAAACAGAAUGGCACGGUGGUGGCAUGGGGAGAUGCAGACUGGGGUGGUGAUACAUCGCAAGUCCAGGAGGAGCUGAAAGGCGUGACUCAGGUGUGCAGCACAUACGGCGCAUUCGCAGCUUUGAGGAAUGAUGGCUCUGUGAUCGCUUGGGGGGACAUGGCCUGCGGCGGCGAUGCCUCAGCAGUGGCAAGCAGGAUACGCAAGCGCGUGUUCCACAUAUGUAGCACAUAUGGUGCCUUUGCUGCGACGAAAACAGAUGGAUCCGUUGUCACUUGGGGUGAUGCGGACUGGGGUGGAAACUCCUCGACCGUGCAGGAUCAGCUCUACAUGAUCUCGUGCGUUUCAGGGACGUUCCGCGCCUUCCUAGACUUGCGGGCGAGUGGCACUUUCUUCUUGGGUGACGAUGCUUUCGACAGCAGCGAUGCCAGCUACGAUGGACUGUUGGUGGGAGUGGCCAGAAUCUCUGGUACUGGUGGUGCUUUUGCAGCCACAAAGGUCGAUGGAUCGGUUGUCACAUGGGGGGAUCCAAAGUGUGGCGGCGAUUCUUCGAAAGUCAAGCAGCAGCUGAGAGGAGUUGUGGAGGUCAGCCACACAGCCGCGGCAUUUGCCGCGCGGAUGGCAGACGGUUCCGUGCUUGCUUGGGGAGAUCCUGCAUGUGGCGGUCAAAGCACAAGCACCCAGAAGUUGAGAAUGGGCGCAAGGCGUGUCUUCGGUUUGUACAAACUUUUCGCAUGCAUCAGGGAAGAUGGAACUGUCUCCAUGUGGGGAGAUGAGACACUUUGCACGGAUGGAACAGGUCUGAAAGACAUUGUUUCGGUGGCUGGCACUGCCAAAGCUUGUGCAGCACUUACAGCAGAUGGAUCUGUGCUGGCAUGGGGCGAGGAAAGAUGGGGAGGCGACUGCUCGAAGGUGUCGUCUCAGCUUCAGGACGUGCAGCAGAUUUGUGCAACAGGCGGAGCAUUUGCAGCUAGAACACAGAGUGGGGCUGUGGUAACGUGGGGCGAUGCUGCAAGUGGUGGCGACUCCUUGGAAGUAUGGGACCAGCUUUCGGACGGUGUCGUGGACCUGAGCCACACGAGCAGCGCCUUCGCUGCGAGGAAGGCCGAUGGCUCGGUUGUGACGUGGGGCAACGAGGAUUUGGGUGGAAACUCUUUCGAGCUCUCCUAUGACCUGAGCUCGGACGUGGCGCAGGUUUACGGAAACGGCGCCGCUUUUGCUGCGCUGAAAGUCGAUGGAUCGGUCGUGUGCUGGGGUGACGCGAGUGCUGGGGCAAACUUCACACUGGAGGGCGUAAUGCAAAUAUGCGGCACUUACAGGGCCUUUGCUGCCGUCAAGGCGAAUGGCUCCGUAGUGGCGUGGGGUGAUCCAGACUGUGGAGGAGACUGCUCCAAAGUUGCUGCCGCUCUGCGGGGCGAUGUCGUACAGCUUUGUGGAACUUUCGGGGCGUUUGCAGCUGUGAAAAAAGAUGGGACGGUGGCUGCCAUUGACGCAGGCAACCUUUUUCAGAAGCUGGACGUUGCAGGAAACGGCUACCUCAGGCAUGACGAAGUCAGCCUGAUGGCUUAUGCCUUCGACCCUCAGCUCACUGGACAACAGUUAGACGCCUUGUUUCGUCAUUUCGACCCCCGUGGCUGUGGCAUGGUGGACUUGGAAGGCAGAGCUGGGAAAGAUUUGGAGCUCCGUCCGAAUCAUUCACCCAGCACAGAUGCCCAUGGCCGCUUCUACGAUGUCGCAUUUUCCACGGCUAGCAUCAACCUUGAGUCAUUCGAUGCCCAGGGCCUGGCGAAUCUCGCCUGGGCAGCGGCCGUGCUUAGUGGGUCCAGCCGCACCCGACCUCUUCUGGCAGGCAUAGGAAGUGCGGCUGGAGCUGUGGCACGACGUGCGGUGACAGUCAGCCACGUUUCAGAGGCAAGGACGUUGGCAUUCAGCUUGCUGGCGCUGACGUGGGCCUUGAGCUUCUCGAAAGAGUUGGAUUCGGAGCUGGAACGUGACAUCGUGCAAGCAGUGCGCCAGUUGGCCGGGGUCCUGGACACUGGAGUCGAGGUCCUGACAGGCUUGACGCCGCAGUCUCCGGGGCUGACCUUCCACGGUGUCGACAAGCCUCGGGUCAUCAUCGAUAGCCCGGGAAUGCUGGUCGCGCUGAAGCCGCCAGGAUGGGAAGUAGACACAACGACGGACCAGACAGAAGCUCACUGCCUCUCCGCGCACCUGCAAGCAAUCCGACGACGGGAGGACUGCCCAUUGUUACACUGUGCAAGCUACGGGUUUGGCUUCAUCCAUCGCUUGGAUGUCGCCAGUUCCGGGCUAGUCCUGGCAGCGACUACUUUCCAAGGCCUGCUUUGGCUGCAGUUUCAGAAGGCUGUCAAUCGCAUCGAUAGAGAGUAUAUUGUCCUUUGCUAUGGGUUGGACCCCCAGCCAGAACACGUGAUCGAUGCGGACGUCACCGUCCGAGGAUGGCUAAAGGCUUCCAGGACACUGACCGAGGAUGCCGGCCUACCAGCAGAAUCCAGGCUUCGGUCAGUCGCACACUUGCAGCAUCCCGCCUUUGGUCGACUAUCUGCAAUCAGCAUUCAAAUCUUCACAGGAAGGCGACACCAGAUUCGUGCUCACACUCGGUGGAUGAGGCAUCCGACAGUGUGUGAUGCCUGGUACUCCCCCAGCGACGUGUGCCUGGUCGAACGUGAUAUGCUCGGCCCGGCGCCCAUGAGAGCCUGGGUGCACACUCCCAGGUGGGACGGUGAGCUCACUGCACCACCUGAGGAGAUGCGCAGCAGAUGCACCUGGCCCGAGCUGGCAUAA